AAAGGGAGAGAAAGUAAAGACGGAAAGUCAUAUUGGUCAUAUUAUUAUUUUUUGUAGGUAAUUUGUUACUUUCAUAGCCUUAUAAGGAACUCUCUCUUCGUAUGUAUCCAAUCCUUUCAAGUUUUCUAGAGAGAGAUACCCUCUGCUAUAUCAAUUUCUCACAUUUUAUCUCCUCCAUAAAAACAUAAUAAAAACUUCUUCUUUUUCUUCUUUCCUUCUUCUUUAUUUCUGAUCUUUGUUCUACACCAAAUUCUCUAAUGGCUUCCACGUCCCAAGCCAUGCUUAACCAAAGCUUGUUUGAAGAAGAUCAUCAAGAAUCUCAUCCGCAAGUGGGUUUCUUUUCUUUCCCUUCAAACUUGACCUUACCUCCAUUAGCAUGCCAACAGUCUCUCAAAACCUUCACUUCCUUACCUUGUGACGCACCAAAUCCACAACCACCUUCCAUUAAUCCCUCUGAAACCCUACUCUCCUCUCUCAAGCAUAGAGAUAAUCAAGAUCAAGAUCAUUUUGGAGGACCCCAUCUCCUUUCUUUACAAAGAUCAAGCUCAAAUCUAUGGGCAUGGGGAGAGGUGAAUGAGUGCUUGAGCAGCAAAAGAUCAUGUGGUGGAGAUGAUCAUCAUAAUCAUAACCAUAAUCAUCACCAUCAUCAUCAUAUUGGGGUUUCAGCUCUGAAGAUGAAGAAGAUAAAAGCAAGAAGGAAGGUUAGAGAACCUAGGUUUUGCUUCAAGACCAUGAGCGAGGUUGAUGUGCUUGAUGAUGGAUACAAGUGGAGGAAGUACGGACAGAAAGUGGUGAAGAACACACAGCAUCCCAGGAGCUACUAUCGAUGCACGCAGGACAAUUGUCGCGUAAAGAAACGAGUAGAGCGACUAGCCGAGGAUCCGAGGAUGGUGAUAACAACAUACGAAGGGAGACAUGCACAUUCUCCAUCGCAUGAUAUGGAAGACUCACAAGCUCCAUCUCAGUUGAAUAACUUCUUCUGGUAGUACCUACUAUAUAUAUAUACAUGUUUUAUAUAUAUAUAUAUAUAUGGUCACAACUCCUCUAUAUAUAUAUGUCCAUCUUCUGCACUGUGCUUGUGUAUGAGCCUUUUUUGGCCAGUGUCUCUUUAGACAGUGUUGGACAAUAAAAAUUAAAUGUGUUUUCUGAAACGCCCUUUUCAUUUUUGGGCUUCCUCUUGUUAUAAUGUUUAUGCAAAAUCAUCUUUCAAUAAAACCUUUGAUAACUUUCAACGUGUA